AUGUCUCUAGGUGAAGCUGACGCAAAAUUCCCUGCCUUGUCCCAUUCCGGGACUCCCGACAUUCCUCCUUCGCCAACCAUCGAAAAUCCUGGGCAGGUAUACCCCAAAUCUGACCCAAAUGCAGCCCAUUUAGGUACAAUACCUGGCACAGGCCGUUCGAACAGUUCCCAAACCUUCAUCGGUAAUCCCUUUCUUAUGCGUGAGGCGUUUGCUGAAAUAGACCACGCCCUCGGAAAUGUCAUCGACAUCCUUGAAAGGGAAGAAUUGUCUGUUGGUGGGUCCGAAAAUGAAAAUGAAUUGUUGAGGAAGUUUUGUCAAUGGCGAGAAGAAUUGGAUGAAAUUCGUGCCGGACAACGGUCUCCUGGUUCUAGCAAAUCCAGGUCUACUUCAAGAAUAGCCCCUGAGAAAGAAGGAGGGAUGUUUACGGACUAA